UUAAGUCGAAUUCAGUAUCGAGUGAAAUUGUACGGAUUCUGUUGUGUACGCUCCUAGCAAAAUGCUUUCAUAGAACCUUCGAAGCGGCCAUCAAUUUCAUUAUCUCACGGUAUCUGUGAAUCACGUUUCCCGUAGCAAAUUGCGCUCCGAGUCAAGGCGACUUAUCACAUUGUUUAAAUAAAAUAAAGGAAACGCGUUAGCAACGAAUAUCUCGAUGGUCUUCUAACAAGUCAAAUUAAGUCCCAAGGAUAAUUAUCCCCACUUACGGUGACUUUGAACGGUCGUAACUUCGCUCCAAUAACUUUCGAUCAGAUCAAUUCGAUCACCAUACCGUUUACCUGCUUGCACGAACGAUGAUUCAAUUCUCUAUAAAUACGAAUGUUUGGCACGCUGGUUCCAAAAACGAAAUGUCACCGGCAAAUUCUUUAUUGGCACACAACUUUUCCAUGACACGUUUCCGGUCUGUUCGAUGUAUCAUCCUCGGUAUCAUCAUCGUUCCACUUCACUAUCCUUUUCGAAAUUCCAUCGAGACACCUUCAGAACGCAUGACGACAGUCGAACACGCACUGAAUUAUUUAUCAACGAGGCAGAUGAAAAAUCCACCGAUCGCACGUUUGUUCAAAGAACGGAUCCUGAUCGCGAGUUUAUUUGAAGUGACUCGCGGCUACUCGAAACGUGUUACGCGAAAAAGCGAUUUUUUCGAGGAGCGAACUCGACCUCGCCAACAUCCUUCGCGGACUGACGAGAACAAUUAACUGCGACCACGAUACCUGACGCAUGUGGGCGAUCCACGUGGACGGAUCAUCCUCCUCCUAUCGUGCUCUGGCUGCUGGUGAAAACGACGAGUGGGACGAGAUCGCGAUUUUAUACGGUCGUCUAAAAUUGGAAGGGGCUCCUCUUUCUUGUACACGGUACACAAUCGACCCGAUAACUCGGCCGUUCGUUAACGGUAACUCGGCUCUAGUCCCAUAAAACCUGAUCUGAUGGAUUGGAGUGCAUUAUUUCCACAUUAUUUUUCAACUGACAAAGAAGAGGCUAAAGAAAACAACAUUCCAAAAAAAUGUGUCGAAUUUGCUGAUAUUGGUUGUGGUUAUGGAGGGUUACUCGUUACAUUGUCAUCCAUGUUUCCUGAUAAUUUGAUCGUUGGUAUGGAGAUUAGAGUAAAAGUUUCUGACUAUGUUAUGGAUCGUAUUGCUGCGUUGAGAUCACAGAAUCCUGGACAGUAUCAAAAUAUUGCAUGUUUGAGAACUAACGCAAUGAAGUAUUUGCCAAAUUAUUUUCACAAAGGCCAGUUGAAAAAAAUGUUCUUCUUAUACCCUGACCCACACUUUAAGAAAUCAAAGCAUAAAUGGAGAAUAAUAAAUAAAACACUCUUGGCAGAAUAUGCUUAUGUGUUAGCAGAAGGGGCAAUUGUAUAUACGGUGACAGAUGUUAAAGAUUUACAUGAAUGGAUAGUAAGGCAUUUUCAAGAACAUCCAUUGUUUGAUGAACUGUCCAAAGAGGAAGUGGAUAAGGACCCUAUCGUGGAAAAAUUGUAUGAAAGUACAGAAGAAGGCCAAAAGGUGACCAGAAAUAAAGGAGAUAAAUUUCUAGCUGUAUUUAAACGUAUUCCUGAUCCAUAUAAUAAAGAAAUGAAUUAAUAUUA